AGUAAACGUGAUUGAUGAGUGUUCGUCCAAAUUUUCUCUUCCUUAAUCAUGCAGUUAUUGGCUACAAACAAAAAUCAUGGAAUAUCUAAAAUAUUUUGACACUUAAGAAUGUGAUGAACGUGACUUGUUCAUACGUGAAACCGCUGUAACUGGAAAUACAACACUUUUUGAUAGUCUGGCCGACAGUGGCAGGGGAGUGAGUAUACAAUAUUCUAGAAAAGAUUUGGGAUGAAUCGGUGGUGCAAUCGAACCUUCUUUGAAAUCGAAACAAAACUUGAUCAUCAAUGCACAGAAAACUUUCAGAAAUUCUGUCCCAGUUUUCUCUGGUUUCUUCCAGACAGUUCUAAGUGUGGUAUUCUUCAAGAUAACAUAAGCUUUGCUUAAGUUUUCUUUUUUAAUAACUGAGUGGGUGCAAAAAAAUGGGAUUUUGACUCGAGCAUUAGUGGUAGCACUUGAGAAGCAGAGAUGACUCAAUACACAAAGUGCAAGUGUCCAUCUUCAGAAAGUGUGCUUCCUGGGAGGGAACGUUUAGCUGCAUAUCAAGGCGAUGACAAAACAGUACUGCAAUGGCUUCGUGGAAGACCUUGGUUGCUUGGCUUGUACGGAAGAAGAGAUGUCAAUGCCAGAACGAUCAUUGGCGAAACGCUUCUCUCGGUAGCUUGUACAGGUGGGAACCAUGACCUCGUGGAAGACCUGCUCAAGUUCGAAGGUAUUCAUCUCAACACGAAGACUGACAAUGGGAUGACUCCGCUCAUGAUAGCAUCGAAGAAUGGUCACCUUCAGUGUGUCCGGUCGCUUUUAUCAGCUGAAGUCCAGUGUAAACUAGAUGUAUCUGCAAAAACUACUGAGGGGAAGACUGCUCUUGCUCUGGCAGCGACAAACCUGCAAUGGGACAUCGCUCUGGCCAUUUUGGAGUCCUUACAGAACAUUGAUGCUGAUCUCCCAGAAGAGGUCCUCCUUCUGGCUGCAAAGUCUAAGCAGUGGAGAAUAUUCGAUAAAUUUCAUAGAAAGGGUUUCAGAAUCACACCAAAGGCUUGGCUCAGUAUUGCCACCACAGUCGCUACAGAGCAGGACUGGAGGAGUUUAUGCGUUGUCUUUAAGUAUUCUAGAAGCGUCUUUGUGGAGAAGGAAACGUUGCUUAGAAUGAUUCUUAAUGCAGAGUGGGAUGGAUUAUCGCACGUGCUUAGUAACUAUAAAUUCGAAAAUCAGGUGAUGUGUAAUUUGCUUAGAGAAGUUGUUAAAGAAAGGCGCUGGGAAGGUGCUAAACGUCUUCUGGAAAAUUACACAUACUGUCACCAAACUGUUCUUUACAAUCUAGCAGAAGCUUCCAAAUCCAAACAGUGGCAAGGAGCUGAGAUCUUUCUCGGAUUUGUUAGUAAAAAUGCCAGAAUCGAUUUAGAACUUCUUGAAAAGAUCCCGCAAUAUUCAGAAAAGCAGUUGAAGGAAUUCAUCUACGCUAAAAACUACAGCUAUGAAGUCAUGAAUGGUGUUUUGCUUGCAUGCGCAUGCAGUGUUGAAGAAAACGUAAUGAACAUGCUGUUUAAUGUCUUUCAUGUUCUGGAAGAGAAUACUUUGGACAAUUUGCUAUAUAUGGGUGUUUUGCAAAACAAUCUGAAGAUUUUAUCCCCACUUCUGCAUUGUAACCUAAGCAAUUUUACACACGAUACUUUGGUAAGUGCUCAUGAUCUGGCCAAGAGAUUGCAAUAUAAGGAUGUUGUCAAAAUUCUGUCCGUAGCCAUCGAUGAGCAGGCCAAGUUACUCCUCUCUUCAAGCGCCGUGAGUUUUGAAGGACGUGGGAUGGACCAGGGCAUAGGAUUGUCUUUGCAACCAGCUAUUCAGCAGAUACAGCGUGGUCCGUUACAGCUAUUCGUCCGUCGAUCACCGAACCACGCCCCGACAGAUGACGCUAAUUGUGAAGUCAGCAACGAGGACACAUACAAGAUAACCAGCACCCCAAAAGGACUCGUCCUCAUCCUGAAUUACCAGCGAUUUCAAGGGAGGCGUGAACUUCUGAGGGAGGGAUCCCAGUUCGACGUCAUCAACCUGAUGAACAUAUUCAGUCAAAUGGGAUACGAGCCCCAAGUCUACUGGGACCUGACCGAAGACCACACCAUAUCGACGCUGGACUCCUUCAGGAACCAACAGCGUCUGAAGGACGUCGACUGCGCCAUUGUCUUCGUCAUGAGUCACGGCGUAGCGAGGCAGACUUUCCACACGUCUGACAUGCAGUGCGUUACAGUUGACAAGAUCCAGUCGAUGUUUCUAGACAGCGAGUGUCCCUUCCUGGCGGGGAAACCGAAGUUAUUCUUCUACAAUUUCUGUCGUGGGAUAGACGAGCCCCAGGUGACCCCUCAGUCUGACGCCGUCAGAGAGACUCCCAGGGACAUGAUGAACGUGUUCUCUGCUCCGGAAGGCUUCAGGAGUUACCGGUAUGCGGAGGCAGGGACGCCCUUCGUCAUGGCCCUUUGUCGGGUUUUGUCGGAAAAUGCCUGUGACGAUGAUUUAGACGAUCUGCUUAGGAAAUUCAAGAAGGCUUAUAGCACCUCAAGCCAUGGCACAACUCCGGACAUACAGGACCUUAAUUUCGCCAAAAAAUUUUACUUUAAUCCAAGACAAUGAAAUCUUUAUAUAGCAGUAUUCACUGCAGUUUAAGUUACCAAGUCAAAGUAUGAAGUAAGGAGAAAGAUGGUAGUUUUACUACAUUAAUCUCUUAAAGUAAUCAUGCAACCUGGAAAUACAAUAAACUCUUAUCGUUAUCAUAACAACAUAUGAGUUAUACCCAAAUGCUCUGGAGGAAAAUCACUCAUAGAUUUUGUAUCACUCAGAUAUUUCGUACACGGUCGCAUUGACAUUUUCUAAACACAUCCUACUUUCCUGUAAUUCUAAAAGUUGAAAAUUAAAUAUGAAUGGAAUAAAGUUCUAUAACAAGAAAUUAUUUAUUUAUUUAUUUUGUAAUAUACUAAAAGCCAAAUACGACUGCUGAUGGUCUAUAAGUUCCUCCGAGAAUGGUGGUGAUUUUAAAACGAGAAAAGUCCCAGUUUCAAGUGUCGAGCAAUGUGUCAUAUAUUGCAAAUUUGAUGUAUUGUAACUUCGAACGGAUAAACCUUUUCAGCAGUAAUACAAGGAUUACAAUGAUCGAGGGUGAAGGUCUUAUU